ACUGCGCAGGCGCCAAGGCAUGGCGAACGGAAGCGGAAGGCUUGACGAGUCAGCCAGGCAACAAGAGAUCGGUGACCAUGCGCGGCUUGGAGGAGGGAGGGCCUCGGCCCACAGCGACCCCGUGCGGGUGUGUCAAGCCGGCUCUGGAGACAGGAAACCUGUUAACUGAGCCAAUUGGCUACUUGGAAUCAUGUUUCUCAGCCAAGAAUGGUACUCCAAGGCAGCCAUCCAUUUGUAGCCUUUCACGGGCUUGUUUGAAGAUUAGAAAGAGCAUCUUUAAUAAUCCUGAACAUUCAUUGAUGGGCCUAGAUCAGUUUUCUCAUGUUUGGAUUUUGUUUGUUUUUCACAAAAAUGGUCGUUUGAGCUGUAAGGCAAAAGUGCAGCCUCCUAGGCUGAAUGGUGCAAAGACUGGUGUUUUUUCCACGAGAAGCCCCCAUCGCCCCAAUGCCAUAGGACUGACCCUGGCCAAACUGGAAAAGGUAGAAGGUGGAGCUAUCUACCUCUCUGGAAUUGACAUGAUACAUGGGACACCUGUUUUGGACAUAAAGCCCUACAUAGCUGACUAUGACUCUCCACAGAGUUUGACUGAGCCCUUAGGAGACUUUAAUUUACAAGGUAGCAAACAUAAACCAAAAACUGAGUUUCAGUCUCGUGGCAUGACUGAUAACUGUGACCAGCAACAGCUCUCAGGGUACAUUGAACCACAACCCUACAAGAGCACUAAGGAGAAACCUAAAUGUCUCGAAGACAGAACCUCAGAAGAGAAACACAUGGAAUGUGAUGACAGAGCAAAAAUUCGACACUCUCCUAAGCAUGAGGAGGAGAUAGCAGCAGGUUUUGGUUUAGAAUCAAGAAGUGGCCAGAAUUCGACUGUGGCAGAAGAGCAGGUUGGCUCAUGUCACCUGGAGAAGAGCUUUUCUGAGGAAGGCACAGAUAAGAGGUCAAGGAGGGGGCAAAAGGCAGUGAUCCUACAGGGAAACAGUGUGGAGACACAGCCUGGGCCCCUUCACUACCCUUCCAGGGCUGCUGAUGAAGCCCCCUACAGUAUGGUUCCUGCCUGGGUAAGAGAGGCGCCUGUGACCACGUUAGAAGUUCGAUUCACCCCUCACGCCGAGAUGGACCUCAGGCAUCUCAGCUCAGGUGUUGGUCAAACUGCAUUUAAAUAUUUUCAAUCAGCAGGAGAAGCAAAGUGCGCCAUCGAGGCCGUGCUGUCAGCGGAUCCUCGGUCUGUGUAUCGACGGAAGCUCUGCCAAGACCGUCUUUUCUAUUUUACCGUAGACAUAGCACAUGUCACUUGCUGGUUUGGUGAUGGCUUUGCAGAAGUUCUGAGGAUCCAGCAUGCCUCUGAGCCUGUUCAGAUGAACGACCCUGCAGAUUCCUUGGUGUCUCUGGGAUCUUAACGAUUCUCCAUUACAUCUUUGAGUUGACCUUUGGAUGUGAUAUUUGGAUUUUCUUUACAAGCAAAUAAUGUAUCUUCUUUGCAGAAGGAAGUAACACUUUGUAGUCUCACUGAGUGAUUUGGGUUGUGCAAACUGUUUAUUGGAAAAACGUCUUUUAAUAAACUUAACAGAAAAUGUAGAGCAACUGCCUUUUGCGUUUUGGCCUGUUACUAUAAAGAAUUCAAAGAUGAUCCUGUCUCACUGAGUUCUGAAAGAAGCUGAUUGUUCUUGGGACUUGGUAAGAUUAGGCAAAGAGACCAUUAUAGCAGGAGAUUUCAAGCUGAGGGGAUCUGUUCAGUCAUUGACAUUGGUUUUCAUGCCUGGAAAAGCCCUCUAUUUUAUUCUGAGUUGCAAUGUCUUUAGAAAUUAACAAAUCAAAAGCAGACGGUUUUUAUAAACACAUUAAACCUGUGUUUCAGAGACUGACAUAUACGUAUUUAUAUGUUAUAUAUAAAAUAUAUUUUAAUAAAUAUAUAUAUUUAAUCCUGAUCCUGAAAAAGAGACUCUUUGAAUUUCUUUGAAUGUCUUUGUAUCAGAAAAGGAUCUUCAAAGAAAGUAAUUACUGGUUCACGUCUUACUCACUCUGUGACUAUUGAGAACCUACUGUGGGUUAGGUUUUGGUGAUAAAAUGAGAUGAACACGAUACAGUUCUUGUUGCAAAUCAUGGGUAGGAGAGGAAGUAAGACUUAAGCAAAUCAUUGUAAUACAGUUUGAUAAAUCAGCAAUUAAGUCUGUUCAAGGUUCCUGUGUGUGUGUACAUAGUAGGAAGCAGUUGUAAGAAUGUAUUGCCUGUAAGUAAUUCGAGUGAUGUGAUCCCAGAUAACUGAAGAUUUAUGGUCAGUGUAACCAAAUUAGACACCUGUCAACAUGACAUAGGCAUUCCUAAUCAUAGUUGUAAAUCUUAAUAGCCGAUUGAUCAUGGUUUUGAAAUGAACCCUUUGCUUGUAGAUACUUGUAGAGUCGUUUGUGGCGGAUGACACUGUACCGUGGAACUAAAUGGGCUUGUAGUUGUUGUCUUUGAUUUUACUUAGAACUUCUUGGGAAAAUACCUUAAAUUUGAUUAAAAACAAAACUAUAUUUUGAAAUAAUUACAGAUUCACUGAAGUUGUAAAAUAGCAGCCCCAUGUACCCUUCAACUAGCUCCCCCCAGUGAUGAUACCUUAUGUAACUAGCACAAUAUGAGAACCAGGAGAUUGACGGUACGGUCUACUCUUUUGUUUGAUUUUAAUGUUUUUUUCUCUUAAAAAAUUAUUUUGAAAGUGAAUCACGGCUUGAAGCACAAAAUGUUGAUGCUUAUGGAAAAAAGUAACUCUGGGAAUGAUACCAGCCAUCCUAGCAAGGAGACCGUUCUCUUGUUUGGGGUUUUAUUCUACAUCUGCAGAACUUUAGAGCAAAAAAGGAACUCUGCCAGUUCAUGGGUCUUUUCUUCAGUAUUCCCAGUGUUUGACUUUCCAGGCCUUGCUUAGACACCCUCAUUCAUGAGGUCUUCACACCUGCCCUGUGCUGCUCACUCUAUAUGGACAGUGCUCAUUAUAAAAAUGUCCUAUAUAUGAGAUAAAAGCUCCGCCCAUGAGUGGGACCACACAGAGUAAGGCUCCUUGCUUCCACACAUUAAACUGUCAGACAGUUCCAGCUCCCACUUCUUGGCCUUCACUAGUUGAGCACCCCCAUUUUCUUAAACCAUUUCUCCUAUAACGUGCUCUCAAGCUCCCCUGCUCCAAUGAGUCCCUGGUGUGACCUUUUGGGUCUGCGGGCAUGUACUUCAGGUGUCCUGUUGUGAGGAAGUUAGAAUAUCCAUUUCAUGAACUUACACCUUUCAGAAAGAUGAGAAGUUUGAGGCAAGUAUAUAUUCCUUUUCAUCUUGUAAACUUUUUCAAAAGAACGGGAUAUAUAAAUGACAUCCACCUUGAAUUUUAGCCUUUACGUUCUGGUGCCUGCAGGGGGAGCCCCUGAUACCUGAUUGUCACAGUUUUGAGAAGGUGUUCAGGUAAUUUUGCCUUUAGGUCCAUCUGUCCCAGCUUAAAGAACAGUAACUUUUCCCAGAAAUGCCUGUCAAUCACAUGUAGAAAGAGAUUAGAAGGACGAUUGCUAUUUAUUAAAUUUAUCUUAAAUUGGAGCUGGCUUAAGGGGUCGGAUCAGUUAUAUUCCAGGGGGCUGUGCACAACCAGGUAGACUCGUUAGCCAAACCCGUCAGCAUGGGUGCAUAAGGCAUUCACUGUGUUGAGGUGUGUGUGACUUUUUUCCCUUGGAAGGAAGAAAUGAAGUUGAAAACAUAAAAGAAUCAACCUCUUGUGGGUGGUUUUCUAUUUAUGAUACAGUCCCAAAAGAAGUCAGAUGAGGACUCAAUGGAAAUUUGUAUGCUACUCAACUGUUAUAUGUGCUUGGCACUGGUUUGUGUGUUUUUCAUACACUGAUUAGAGGUUAAGUAGCAUGCUCAGUUCACACAGCUGGUCAGCCACGUAUCUAGGAUUUCAGCCUACCCAGGCUGACCGCGGAGUCUGCUCUCUUCCCAGCUUGGCCCUACUGCCUCCCCAGUGUAGAUGUGGAUGCUUAGCCAACCCUCCUGGUUUAAGUGAGGGACAGCAGUUCUGCAGGCUUAAGCGCAGGACGCUUUAAUUAGUACAGUGGUGGUCAUGGAAAUCCAACCACUAAAUGAAAAUCAGGGUGAGAGGACAGAAACAACCACGCCCACCAGAUCUGCAUGGAACCUCCUGGGAAGCAGAGUGGGAAAUGUGGAGAGUGCUGGGUUUAGGCUCAGAAACUUGAAGCCCUGGCUUCUGCUCUGCCGGGCGCUAGCUCUGUCACCUUGGGCAAGUCAUUGCACCCAGCUCCAAAUCCCUGGCCUUACGGAGUUAUCACAAGGAUAAUCCUCGGGCAAGUAUUUUGUCAACUCUUAAAUGACCUGUGAACUUAUGUAAUAUUUUUAUUGUGCUUCCCAUCGCUGGCACCCUUUCUUUACCGCUCCGCUCUGGCUUACUUGGCUGGACAAACAGAUUUUGGGGGACUCUGCCAGUCAAAAAACCAGUUGCCGUUGAGUUGAUUCCAUUCAUGGCAGCCCCAUGUGACAGAUACUGUGGCUCGAAAAGCCGAAAAUAUUUACUAUGGGGUCUUUUUUGGAAAAAGUUUGCCAACCCAUGAUUUAGAACAUUAUUUCUCUGGAAAGGUGUUUUGAAUUCCAGAAAUCUGACUUACAAAUUAAAUUUUGGGAUACCACAUGCUUCUAAGUCAGGGACUGUCUGUAUUAUAAAAUGAUUUAGCCAUAAAGCCAUGUGAGAAAGCUUGUAAACAGGUCAUGAACAGUAUACAUUAAAAUAUUCUAUUCAUAUGUGUAAUACAAGGUUAUACAAAUCCAUGUUUACACAUGCGUAGACAAUUUCUAGAAGGCUGAAGGAAAAAAAUGCUAACAAUAGUUACCUCUGGGGAGGGUCUCUGGGGGCUUAUGGGGGAAGGCAGCUUUUCACUUUAUUCACCUCAGGAUGUUGUGAUUUUUCUUCUAAUCACCGCUGCACAUUAUUUUUAUAUGGAAACAUAUGGAGAACAAAAUGUCCUAUACUCAAACUGGAAUGUACCUGAUAUGUUAGUGUAGCUUAACAAAUAAGUUAGAUAAAUUUAUAUAUCUAAAUAGAUAUCUAUAUAUCCCCCCCUUAAAAAAUAUCUGGUAAAGAUGGUUAGAGACAUACUUGCUUUCUCCUGGAACAUCACAUAUGGGAUAUAUUUAUAUAUCUAAAGAGAUGUCUACAUAUCCUUCCCCCCAAAAACACACACACCUAGAAAUAUCAGAUAAAUACGGUUAGAAACACAUUUACUUUCUCCUGGAACAUCAACUGUGGAUCAUAACACCAAAAACCAUCAGGUCAGUCACACAUCAGCUGUGGAGCUGAGCCAGCUUGCAACAGAUAGCUGGCUGAGCCUGGGCCGCUUUGUCCCUGAGGAUGCACUGACGUUUUCUGUCCUUCCAGAGACAGGGUUUUGGAUAAGGCAUUGUGCCUCCAGGCAGGAGUCAGGCACCCAUUUGGAUGGUGUGUCGGCAGAGGGCUGAGCCGCCAGAGAGCUCCUUAGCCCAGUACUCACCAAACCUGUGCAGUUUGCCCAAUCUCCUGGACUAAGGGAUGGGUCUCUGCUUGCAGGAUCCACUCACUCAUCAGCUCCACCCUCUGGCUCUGUGUCUACUUGCAUUUAGGGAACUCACAGGCAAUGGGACUGGUGGGAAUUGCUCUCUCUGCGUCCCCAGGACUGGCCCUUGUCCACUGUCCAAAUGGGAACUCUGAGUUCUGUCAUUUGAGUCAGCAGGAAGGAGAGGAGCUGGAGACAGACUGUGCCCACUGGGCAAGGGGGCAGUGCUGAGGUGGGAGGGGAGGCAGGAAGAAGACCAGGCUGGCCUGUUGGCAGGUGAGCAGAGCAGAGCCUGUGUGGGAUGGAGUAGGGCUGGCAACAGACAGGGGCUCAGGCCCUGCUUGGCUAGGGGGAGUGGUCAAGGCCUGAGAGAACUGGCAGAGCCAAGGCAGGGCCUGAGUCCUGGAGAGGCUACACAGGCUUCCCAGGGGCGUCAGGUCCAGGAAUCAAGGCAGAACCAGUUGUCAUCGAAUCGAUUCUGAUUCAUGGCAGCCGCAUGUGUACAGAGUAGAACUGUGUUCCAGAGGGUUUUCUUUCUUUUUAAAUUGUGAUGAAAAUAUACAUAACAAAACAUACACCAUCUCAACAAUUUCUACAUGUGCAAUUCAGUGACAUUGAUUACAUGCUUCGAGUUGUACAACCAUUCUCACUUUCGUUUUGAAAAUCAUUCCACCACCAUUAACAUAAACUCAAUGCUACCUAAGCAAAAAAAAAUCCCCACUUCCUCUCCUCCACAGGGUUUUCAAUGGCUGAUUUUUGGGAAUUAGAUUGCCAGGCCUUUCUUAACUCUUCGCCUAACUUCCUAUCUUUGCCAAGAUGUAAAGUCACACACAAAGAUACUUCAAUAUAGUAGGAAAACAUGAGCAAGGAGUGCUUGAAAAUGACAAGGAAAGGGGGAAAAUAAGUGAUAUAAAAUGUGUUGAUCUGUGAAGCUUUGCACAAAAUGCCCAGUGGGUCAUGAGGCGGGAGAAGCAUGGCUCUCAGAGCUUGCCCUCUCUUUCUGAUGGAAACCCUUCCACCAUCACGGGAACAAGCCUGGUUAUCCUACUGAACUAUGAGAAGGUACAUUGCUGAGUCCCAGCUCAUAACGAAUCGGUCUCCAGACACAUAAAGCGGGCAUGGUAGAUUACCCAGCUCUAGUGAAGUUGGCCUAGACCAGAAAAACUACCCAGACAAUACCCAGGACAAUGAGGGGGGAAAAAAAGAAGUUCAUUAUUUUAAAUCACUAAAUUCUGGAGUGUUUGCUGAUACAUCUGGUUACCACACUCUUGAGAGGAGGAUUGGAAAAGUGGAGCUUAUCUAACAGUAAAGGUUAACAUAAUAAAGUCCUUAAAUGAUGAGGAAGUCUUUAGAAUAGGCUGGAGUUUUAUGAUGAAAGAGUAACAAAUAAUAGCUAACAAGCACUUUGGGCCAGGUAUGGAGCUGAGAGUUUAAAACAGACAAUCUAAUUUAAUCCUCAUAGCAAACUUAUAAGAAAAUAUACUAUUAUUAUUUCCAUUCUACAGAUGAACAAACUGAAGUUCAAGGACAUUAAGAUACUUCUACAAGAUCACACAGUUGGAAAGGGGGAAGACUUGGGUAUAAAUCCUGAGUCUGUCAAUGUGCAGCACCAACACUCUUAACCACUAACUCCAAGGUUUCUAGAAUAAGAGAAUCUGCAGAAGACAGUUCCAUGAAUACAAAUGGAAGAGAAAAAAGGGGCACUAAAACUGAGCUCAUCACUUCUUUCUCUCAAAUCACAUCCCUGACUUCCGGAUGAACAUAGAGUGAACUCAUGCAUUUGUUUCUGUUGCCUGCUGAAACCCCAGUAAGUGGCAGCAAAGAAGAGUAAACUAAAAUAAGCAGAAGAGAGGAAAUAAUAAAGACCAAAGUGGAAACCAAUGAAAAACAACAGAGAAAAUCAACAAAUAAAAGCCCAACUGGAUAAACUUCUAGCCUCACUGAACGGGAAAAGAGAGAAGAUACAAAUUACCAGUACAAAUUACCAGAAUGAAAUAAGUGACAUCCUAUAGAUUCUACAGAUAUUAAAAGGAAUAUUAUCAACAACUUUAUGCCAAUAAAUUCAGCAAUUUAGACCAAAUGAACAAAUUCUGUGAAAGACACAUAUUAUCAAAACUCACUCAGAGUUUUGUGUCUUUCACAGAUUUGUUGAAUAGUGGAAAUAUGUAUAACCUGAAUAGCUCUACACCUAAUUAAAAAAAAAAAGAAAUUGUAGUUAAAAGCCUUCCCACAAAGAAAACUUCAGGCCCAGAUGACCUCACUGGUGAAUUCUAUCAAAUAUUUAAGGAAAAAAAAAAAAAAAAAAAACAAUUUUAUACAAACUCUUCCAAAA